GCUGCUGUUUGGACGGACUGCGGUGAAGAAGGCGGAAGGAAAUAUGAACCUUAUAGCAGCACGGAGCUGUCACACCCCCUCUGUCUGAACACCGCAAACCUCAGCCGACACACGAACUUACGCAUAAGCUGGACACAACAGCAACCAGGCAGGGAGGAACUUUUAUCUCAGUUUCACCAUAUUCCACCUUAUAGGCUACCGUGGUGCCUGAAUGUGACUCGAAGACACUGAAUAACAACGACGACCGCCUGAGGUGGGCCGAGUGCAGUGAUGUCCAGAUCCACAAAAUCUGCCUCCAGAUCUCGGAGCCGCUCGAGGUCCCGAUCAAGAUCCCGUUCCACAUCUCGCUCCAGGAGUCGUUCCAGGUCUCGGUCCAGGAAGCAUCGUUACAGCUCUAGGUCUCGAUCAAGAUCUCACUCUCCAUUUCAUAACCGGGAGAAGAAAUACCCGAGGGGAUACCAGAAUAACAGGGAGUUUCGGGGUUAUCACCGCGGCUUCCGGAGGCCCUACAACUUCAGGGGCCGAGGACGGGGCCACUUCACACGUGGACGCUAUCAGCGUGGGGGUGGCGGCUACAAUCAAAACAACAACUAUCGCCCCAACUGGAAGAAUUACAAGCAACAUCCUCAGAAGCAGCAGCAUCAACAGCAACAGCAGCAGUUUAACCACUCACGAGGAAGAUCACACAACCUGCAAAAACGCUCAGGAAGCCCCCCGAAGGGUCACUCUCAUCACUCUGACAGAUCCUGUUCUCCUCUAUCCAGACAAUCUCAACAUUCUUCCUCCUCAUCACAUUGCUCCUCCCCCAAAAACAGGCCAGCCUCGGUGCUGGCUAACCUAAACUCCAAGGAUGUCAAAGAGGAGCAACUAGCCUUCAAGGAAGCCCAAAAGGGAGGAGGGGCAGAUGAGGAGCCAGUGGAGCAUGUUGAGUUAUUGGCAGGAGAAGGUGCAGGCAGUGGGAAAACUGAGGGGAACUGGCACAGUCUGAUAAACUGCAGCAGCCCAGAGAAAAACAGUCCUGUGGCCAGCUCUGCUGUUACUGUUAGUCAGAGCAGCCAAACUAUUAGUCAACGUAGUCCUACUAUAGUCACAAAAGACACCAGCAAUGGUGCCCCCACAUGGCCGAUGGCAUGUGGUUCAACCUCAACAAAAAAACCUUUACAUGAAGGUCUAAAUCCAAUGCUUCCCAGCUUUGACUUCUUCUCCACUGAGGAAUACCUGGGUGGAGAUCAAACUCCAAUCUCCAUUGCCUUCAGGAAGUUUUUGGAGGAGCAAAACAAAAAAGCUAAAUCUUCUUGGGAAAAUGGCAAAGGCACUGAGGCUGUUCAUGUAAAUAUGGAAAAGGGGAACGUAAAUGGCAAAGCAUCAGCAGUCAUUCCUGACUCACUAUCAAGAAAGCACAAAGAAAACAUUGAUGGUGAGGUGUCUCUGAAAAGCUUUUUAAAAGCUUCCCCGUUUCUGUCUGCUGAGGGGGAGGAAGAUGAUGAGAUGAUCCAUGAGUCUCCUUCAAAAUCACUUCAUAGAGACUGGUAUAACUGUGACGAGACAUAUAAGCCAAAGAGCAAAGUCACUCAUUCAGCUCAAAAACUCUUUGAAGAGUGCUUUGGCAAGUGGCAGAAUGCAGCCUUCUCACAGUUUACGAAUGGUGAACUUGACACCAUGGCAGGGGAGACAUAUCCAAGUGGAAAGCAGGAUAAAGCAGCAUCCAUUGCUGCUGCCCUCGCUAAGAGGGAGUUUGACAAGUUUGAAGAGCUGUCUCCAGACAUGAGUUACAAAAUAGGGAAGAUGGCAAAAUCUCCAUCUGUCCCAUCUUCUGCUCAACCACUAAGGCGGAACUCUGACAGAGAGAUGUUUCUGAUCAGAGGAGAAGACUCGCCUCUCGUUUCCUCAAGGAAACAGGAAGCAAAGUUUAAUGUAAGAAUGGGUUUCCCUGGAGAUAGCCUGAUGAGUUCCUCAGAUAUUUUAGCUGAAGAGCGGCAGUUGUCUCAGGACCUCGUGCAGUCCUCAAAAAAGGAUCAGGAGUUUCGCUCCAUUUUUCAGCACGUUCAGGCUGUUCAGUCACAGAGGAGUCCAUCCGAGCUGUUUGCUCAACAUAUUGUCACCAUUGUGCAUCAUAUCAAAGCCCAACACUUUCAGUCUUCUGGCAUGACUCUAAACGAGCGAUUCACCUUGUACCAAAGACAAGCUGCAGAGAAGGAAAUGAUGAAGCCAAGAAAAAGCCCAGAGAUACACAGGCGAAUUGAUGUUUCACCAAGUGCUUUUAAGAAACACCCUCAACUUUUUGAGGCGAUGAAAAGCUCAGAGGAUGGCACUUACAAGGACGGUGGGGAAAAAGUCAAAGGGGACCCAAUGGACCUUCGUUUAGACAUUGAGCGUCGUAAAAAAUGUUCCACCUAUGAAAGAGAUUACAAUCAGGACCAGGGGAGAGAUAUGAAAGAUUCCCUGGAUCCUAAUAGGGGAAGAUCAGAGGAAAACAUCUCCAGAUGUUGCAAGAGGUCAAAGAAAAGUGAUAAAAAGCGCUCUCGUUCCAGUUCUUCCUCAUCUUCCUCAUCCUCUAAAUCUCAAAAUGACAAAAGCUUGACUCAUGACAAGUCUCAGUCCAAAGAUGAAGUCUUUAACAAGGCCCAGCUGAUUCAAAGAGAAUCACCAGGACCAGCUGAAGGAAGAUGGCCACGUGGAGGAUUUCAAAUACGAAUUCGUGGAAGAGGCUGGAAUCAAGGCAGUUAUCAGGGAAACAGUUCACACAGUAACCCUGUGAAUGUGGCUGUAGACCCAAAAAGUGAAUACUGGGACCCAGAGUUUACUCCCAAGAGCAAAAAAUACUACUUGCACGACGAUAGAGACGAGUCGUCCGAGUGCAAGUGGAUGGACAACCAAGGGCGGGGACGGGGAAGCCUUUCCCGUGGAAGGGCACGAUUCAUCAUUCGUAAAGCCACUGGUGGUGUCUGUGUGAAUAGCCCCAAAUGGGCCCUUGAUAAGUUCCAGGCCAGCAGGGAGCACAGUGGCAAGCAAGGAGAGGAGGCAGAACAGGACCACAAAGAGGCAGAAAUCGACAGAGAGAAAACUUGAGCAGUGAAGCAGCCUGACAAAAAUCUUAUCAGUCUUCUGUUUUGUCAUAGGAUAUAAAUUAGUGAUUUAAUCUACCACAAUGGAUCGAUAAAUGAAAAGUCAAAUAUUUUGAUGCUGUUGCUUUGGUUUCAGAUCAGAAUACUUACUUUGACCCGGCAUAAAAAAUCCUCUUAUACAUCUGGAUACAGGUUGUAACUAGUAAUAAGCACUGCUAAAGGGCAUUUCUUAUCAAAAUGCUACUGAAGUUUUACCAUUUUUUCAUUAUUAUUAUUUUAUUUGCUUUUUUGGUUUGAAUUUUUUCACACUGCAUUUUUGUCAUGUGUAGAUGUUUCUUAUUGUGGGGAUUGGAGAAAAAAACAAAACAAAACAAAAAAAAAAAAACAAACAAAAAACAAAUUGUAUUUUGCAGUUCAAAAAAUGAACUACUCUUUGUUGAUCAGAUCAAUUUGUCUUAAACUUGUGAAGGUGGAGACACUUUUUUAAGGCAGUCAGUACACAGAGUUGUUCACGUUGAUGUAAAGGAAUAAUAAUAAUAAAAAAAAGACGACUUAUCUGUCAACGGGACCAACUCUGCAGGGUGAAAAAUACUCUGCAGCCUCAUUACAAACCAAUUUUCAGUGCUAAUUGAAGGCAUGAUGCAUCUGUCUUAGGCUGACAACAUGUAUAUUUAACAUCUGCACGAAACAUUCUGCAGUGAGAUGUUUUUCUUCUUACAAUAGCUAUGCUUAGUUUUGUCAUGUCACAAUACCACUUCAAAAUGUAUUGACAGAGAUCCACGGCCUCCUCCAACUCCUCCAUAGAUCUAUAUUGUAGUUUUUGUACUUGUCAAGGCUGGAGUUUGAUUUUGAUUGCAAUAGAUGGUGUGUCUUUAUUCCCAUAGAUGUUGAUGUAUUUUCUAAGACUGUUUCUCAAAGUUGUAUCCAGCUGAUACUAUUUUAUUAGUUACAGUAUGUAAAUUGUGAAAGAACAGAUUACAUUGUUUCGUCUGUAGUUUGUAACAAAAGAUAGUGAGUUAAUGUUUUUUUCCAGUGCAUACUACCUUUUUUGUUGUUUAAAAUAGAAUGUAAUUACAUACCUUGUGUGCCUUGUUGCGCUGGUCUUUGUACAAUACAGGCCAACAGAUAGAGAUUCCAGUUUAAUUGUUAAGAGGAUUUUCUUAGAAGAAUUUUUAAGCUGCAAUUGUUUGUUUAUUUCCAUUUUCCUUUAAGUAAAUUAAAGAGACACUGAUAACUCUGA